GGUGCCACGGCAAAGGAGAGCGGCGAGUGGGACCACCCCGGGAGUGACUUCCCGGGGUGGGGACGGGAAGGUGGAGCCGGCGGGGAGGGUUGCACUCCACGUGUCCCUGGGGCUGAGGGCGGCGGCGGUGGAUCGCGCGCGGCGGGACCUGUCGCCCAGCGCACGGCCGGGAUCAGCAACCGCGGCCCCAGCCGAGCCCGGGACUCAGGUAAAGGCCCCAGAAGCCGGGGAGGUCCCGGUCGGAGCAAAUCGGUUACUCAGCAAACUGCAGCGAGAGAAGGCGGCGCUGUCACCCGCGGGUGCACAGCUGGCGGCCGGCUUCUGGUCCCGCUGUCUGACCCGGACUGAAGCUGAGAGUGCCCUGAGAACGCCGCAGCGUGCUCUGCACCCCUCCCCCUUUAAAAAGAACAAAAGAAAGAAAGAAAGAAAAAAAGAGUGCUUGCCUUUGCAUAACACUUCCAGGAAUCUGAGGACUGCAUUUUGCGUGGAGUAGGGGGAGCAAGGGGAUGAAAUCCGGAAGAUAUGCGGGAGCCCCCCUGACAUGAGUCUGCCGGGAUACCUUCUGCAGGUGUUGGUGGCAGUUCAGAAAAAGGCAUAAGACCCAGUACCUACUGAGAAGCACCGCGUUGACGUCAUCUCGCCAUGGAGUUUCCGAAGUCACCUGAUGGCGGGUGGGGCUGGGUGAUUGUGGCUGUCUCCUUCUUCACUCAGUUCCUCUGUUACGGAUCCCCGCUGGCCGUCGGGGUCUUGUACAUAGAGUGGUUGGAUGCCUUCGGUGAAGGCAAAGGAAAGACAGCCUGGGUGGGAUCCCUGGCGAGUGGAGUCGGCUUGCUUGCAAGUCCCGUCUGCAGUCUCUGUGUGUCAUCUUUCGGAGCGAGAUCUGUCACCAUCUUCAGUGGCUUCCUGGUGGCUGGAGGCCUGAUGCUGAGCAGUCUUGCCCCCAAUAUCUACUUUCUGUAUUUUUCCUAUGGCAUCGUUGUAGGUCUCGGAUGUGGCUUAUUGUACACCGCGACAGUGACCAUAACCUGCCAGUAUUUUGACAGCCGCCGAGGCCUCGCGCUUGGCCUGAUUUCAACAGGUUCAAGCGUGGGCCUCUUCAUCUACGCUGCUCUGCAGAGGAUGCUGAUAGAGUUCUACGGCCUGGAUGGGUGCCUACUUAUUGUGGGUGCGCUGGCUUUAAACAUACUCGCCUGUGGCAGUCUGAUGAGGCCCCUGCAGUCUCCCGACUGCCCUUUUCCUGAAAAAAUAGCUCCGGAGACCGUUCUAGAGAGAUACUCCACGUACAGUGAGAAAGAGAAGAGCCUGGAAGAAAAUCUGAACAUCUUGGACAAGGGUUACAGUACCGAAGAUAAAUGCAACAACACCUUGCCCAAUGGUGACUGGGCCCGGGACAACCCCCCAAACCCCACAGCUGCAGCACACAGAAAGAAGGUCGUGGAGCAGACUUAUUUUUGCAAGCAGCUUGCCAAGAGGAAAUGGCAGUCGUACAGGAGCUACUGCGGCGAGACCGCGUCUCUUUUUAAAAACAAAGUCUUCACGGCGCUUUUCAUCGCCAUCUUGCUUUUUGACAUCGGAGGGUUUCCGCCGUCGCUGCUCAUGGAGGAUGUCGCGAGAAGUUCCAACGUGAGGGAAGAGGACCUCACCAUACCGCUCAUCUCCAUUAUUGGCAUCAUGACAGCCGUGGGCAAGCUUCUUUUAGGCAUCAUGGCUGACUUCAAGUGGGUCAACACCUUGUAUCUCUAUGUAGCUACCCUGAUCAUCACGGGCCUGGCCUUGUGUGCAAUCCCCCUUGCCAAGAGUUAUAUCACCCUGGCGAUACUUUCUGGGAUCUUGGGUUUUCUUACUGGUAAUUGGUCCAUCUUCCCGUAUGUGACCACAAAGACUGUAGGGAUUGACAAAUUAGCGCACGCCUAUGGAAUCCUCAUGUUCUUCGCUGGACUUGGGAACAGCCUCGGGCCGCCGAUUGUUGGUUGGUUCUACGACUGGACGCAGACCUAUGACAUCGCCUUCUAUUUUAGUGGCUUCUGCGUCCUGCUGGGGGGCUUCAUCCUGCUGCUUGCCGCCUUGCCCUGUUGGGACGCGUGCAACAGGAAGCUCCCUAAGCCAGCACCAACAGCCUUUUUCUACAAAGUUGCCUCUAAUGUUUAGAGGGAUAUUAAAAGGCAUUAUUUUCUCUAUUUUUCUACUUUAUACUAUAUGUAUACACACAACACA